GUUAAUCAAAUGUCAGUAAUACAUUUUGGCGAUUUAAAAAGUUAUUUUUUUUCGGAGUGUGAAUUUUUAUAUUUUCAAGAAAAAAUUUUGCGUCAACGUAGAACACGUUUGUAUUCUACCGUUUCCCCCUAAGCUAGACCGUAUGGUAUCUCGUAUCGGAUAUGACCAAGAGCGUUACGGAUAUUGUAAUAUUUCAGAGUGAAAGGCAGCUCAUGCGUAAACUGUACGAAGUUUAACUGCGCAUGAGUCUCGUAUUGGGAGAACUGGAACAAAGACCGUCACGUCCUUCACAGUUACGAUAUUGGAUAUUGGUAGAGCGAAGCCGUGUUGUUUCACAGUGUCAAGUGCUCUUCGUUUAAUUUCGAUAGUUAUAUUAAGUUAUUAAAGUAAAGUGUGAAAAUAAUUAUUUAUAUAAUUUUUAACGGAAAAGUAACGAAACAGCCUGCGAAGUGAAACAAGAAGAACCAAAGGCGUAGGAACAAGUGGACAUUUUUCACUGGCGUGAACUGAGUAUAAAUUAUUGAUAUUAAAUUUAAUAGAUAUUUAAGUAUCGAUUUGAAAGAAAAAAAACAAUCAAUAAAAAAAGCAAUAUCGAAGUUAAAAAUCCACCCAAGUCCGGAUCAUAACGAGUUCGAGAAUGAGUAUCGAAAAUGAGAAGUUAAUAAAUGAAUCCACUAGUGAUGUUUCGGUUGAACAAAGUAAGGCCAUAAUAAAGUAUGAGUUGGAUAUUGAUGAGGAACAAACCCAAGGAAACGUUAUAUUAUGCAGUAGUGAAAAAGUUAUACAAACAGUAGAUCCGGUUAGAGAACAAGCUCAAGAAAAACAAACAUUUUGUUACGACAAUCCAAAACCUAAAAAACCUAGAAAACCAGCAAAAUCAAGUGCACAACGUAUGAAAGAAUAUAGAGCACGAAAGAAGGCUCGAAAGGCUCUUGACAAAGCAAAGCAGUGUUCUAGCUGUGGAUCAUCGAUUCAUUAUGUAGCAGAAAAAUCGUCGAUAUUAUUGACAUUAUUAGCGUCGAAAACUACCCCAGAUCAUUAUGACGCAGAUAAAAUUGUUAAUAUUGAAGAUAAUUAUUCUUCAAGUAGUACUCCAUCAAAUUCUCAUAUGGGUGGAUUGGAAUAUAAUGGGAAUAGUAAUAAAAAUCAAGCACAGAGUUUUCAACAAUUAGCUAAUAAUUGUAGUAAUUGUAAUAAUAGUAAUAAUUUAAAUCUAGUAUAUAUAUGUCAAUCAAAUGAGAGCACUAAUGAAACAAUGGAUCGAUCAAAAGUCUCGAGUUUUGGUGUAAAUGAGGAAAAUAAAUCAUCGAAUGAAUUCCCAAUUGAUGGUUCAUCAAAUCAAAAUGUGUGUGAGAAAAUAUAUGAAAAAAAUAUUGGUAAAGAACAAACCGAAGAUAAUCAUACCAUAAAUAACAGCGUAAAAAGUAACCAACUUAGAGCAGAAUUACUCAAACCACCGCCGAAUCAAGAGCUUGGAAAUCGAACAAAGGCUUUGAUUUCUGAUGUCAAUGCAGAAAGUAAAUCAGCAAAUGAAUCCCUAGGGCAGGGUAUAGCGGAUCAAGAUGUAAGUGGGGCUUGUGAGAAAAAUAUUGAUCGAGGGCAAUCCAAAAAAAAGAAAAAAUCUCGUGAUAUUGUCGUGAAAAUAAAAAAAAUUCCAAAAACUCCAAUAGAACGGAGUCGCGAUUUCAGACAACGAAAAAAAAUUUUACGAAGUGUGAUAAAAGAUCCUUUAGCUGAUCCGUUAUUAAAUGAAACUUUUAAUGACUCUGUUGUAAGUCAAGAUAAAUUUGAUCAGCAUAAUUCAACUCUUGUUAAUAAUUACUCUGGUAUCUUCGUCAACUCUAAUGACAAACAAGCCCAAAAUAAUGAUGCAAUGCCUAAUGCAACUAUGAUGAGAAAAGAAAACCCCACAUCAAUGAUGCGAAACGCUUUCGAAGGCAAUUCAUCGACGAAUAAAUCAUCAAAUAAUUCUGAGAUUGAACGGGAAUCACCUCCGCUAAAUAUUAUUGACGAGUCUCCAUUUUUCUUCGUCACUAUGGAUAGUUGUUAUCAAGUAAUUAAUUAAAGUUGAUAUUUAUUAUUACCCAUUUUAUACUCCAUGUUUUGAAAUAAA